AAGUAAUAGAUUCCAGGGACACAUUCCUGAAGAGCUGGGAGAACUCAAUUCACUUCAUUUGCUAAACUUGUCUAACAACAGUCUCACUGGUCAAAUUCCAUCGUCUUUGGGGAAAAUAACAGAGCUUGAAUCACUAGAUCUCUAUCAGACAAGCUUGAUGGUAGGAUUCCUGAGGAGCUGACAAGUUUGACAUUCCUUUCAGUUUUGAAGCUUUCACACAACAAACUUGAAGGUGACAUUCCUCAAGGGAAGCAGUUCAAUACUUUCUCAAAUGAUUCCUACAUUGGGAACACUGCGUUGUGUGGGUUUCCAUUGACAAAGAAAUGCCACAAUGAGGAAAAACCAGGAGCACCUCCAUCAAAAUUUGAUGAAGAAGGCGACUCUGCGGCACUCUUUGAGUCGAAGUUUGCAUUGGCGGCCUAUGGGUGUGGACUGGUAUUGGGACUUAGUCCAGGAUACAUUGUCUUCACUACAGGAAAACCGUGGCGGGAGGUGAAGAAGGUGGAGAAAUAUCAAGAGAAAUUUGUUGGAAGAUGGAUCUGCAGGCGUAAGAACAGAAAAACCCAAAAAACAUAACCAACGCUCUUAGAAGCUGCAGGCAGUUGGCUUUGUGUCUUCCUCCAAGAAGAUCUGAAAAAAAACAAUGUGUGCAUGAACUUUAAUUUGUUGGCUGCAGAAGCUGCAGGCAGUUGCCCUUUCUUUCUGAGCUUGUUAUGCCCUUCUAAUGCUCAAGAUCCGACCCGACCUGUCCUCGAGUUGUUGGUUUUUAACGAGAUUAGGGUAGUGGCCGUCGGCACUUAUAAGGGGUAUCUGUCGGUUUAUUCUUUGUCAGGUUCUCUGAUUCAUAGACAGUCCAUGAAAGGUGGAACUAAAGAUGAUCCAAAGACACAUCCUCAGAGGAGGUUUCUCUUAUCAUGGCUGAAGUACUUGUUUGUUCUGUUGACUCUGAUAUUCAGCUACCGAAUUUGCUGCCAAAGCCAAAGAGUAAUUGUUGAAAGAGUGUAUUUCAACAAAGCAAUCACUGGAAUAAAUGCCUCCUCCAUUGAUGUAACUCUAGGAGAUGAUGCUGUGAUCUUAGCUUUCAGAUUCCAGGGACACAUUCCUGAAGAGCUGGGCGCACUCAAUUCACAUCAUUUGCUAAACUUGUCUCACAACAGUCUCACUCGUCAAAUUCCAUCGUCUUUGGGGAAAAUAACAGAGCUUGAAUCACUAGAUCUCUCAUCAAACAAGCUUGAUGGUAGGAUUCCUGAGGAGCUGACAAGUUUGACAUUCCUUUCAGUUUUGAAGCUUUCACACAACAAACUUGAAGGUGACAUUCCUCAAGGGAAGCAGUUCAAUACUUUCUCAAAUGAUUCCUACAUUGUGAACUCUGGGUUGUGUGGAUUUCCAUUGACAAAGAAAUGCCACAAAGAGGAAGAACCAGGAGCACCUCCAUCAAAAUUUGAUGAAGAAGGUGACUCUGCGGCACUCUUUGAGUGGAAGUUUACAUUGGUGGGAUAUGGGUGUGGACUGGUAUUGAGACUUAGUCUGGGAUACAUUGUGUUCACAACAGGAACACUAUGGUGGGUGAUGAAGAAGGUGGAGAAAUAUCAACAGAAAUUUGUUGGAAGGUGCACCCGCAGGCAAAAGAAGAGGAAAACCCAAAAACACAACCAACGCUCUUAGGUUUUCAAGAGCUUUUAAUUAUUGGGAAAAAGUGUCAAGAUACAAUAAGCAGUAAAUUGGCUGGUAUUAUACAUCAUUACCAGAGACAGUGCAGACUAUAUAAUGAUGGAUAGAAGCUGGUUUUUGUUUAUCUUCCUUCCGAAUGUCCCACGUUAUUUUCUCUGAGUUUUCAUUCACCUGCCCUUACUUAUUGACUAUUCUUUUUAACAGGAAAUUGAAACUCAGUUUCUACCAUUAGCAGUUAAUCUUUACCAAUGAGUAGAGUACAAUAUUGAAUGCUGGAAGAAUAAGUAAACAGAUAGCUGUGGACUCCAAAACUGGACAUCUCAACAAUUUCAUCAAGUGAAGGUCCCAAUCCAGGUUACUUCAUUUGCAUUUCUCUGACUAAUUACAAUCUCCAUCUGUUUUCUCUACUUUUUAACAUAAGAACAAUGAUAUGUCAAAACUUUUCUUUUCCUGCAUUGUGGAUCCAUUAUGUUGGUGAUGCUGUGGGAAGACCAAAUGAUGAGCAAUGCCCAUGCAAAAUUUGCAGAGGCAGUAGGAUUGAAAUUUUUUGUCCCUGGAGAAUAUUUUAGUGCGUAGAGUUGUUACAAGUAGCAGUUCCUAGUGCAUAAUAUAUCAUAUGUUCGUCACUUACCUCUUCUUAGACAAUGCUUUCUAUCAUCCUCCCAUAUUUAUCGUUUCUGGGCAAUUAAGGAAAUUCUUAAUUAGUCCAAAAUUCAAGCAAUAAAUGCACUAAAACAUUCUAAAGAAAGAAAAGCAAAUGAUUGAAAAAGAAAUAAAAUUAUUGUAAUUAU